AAACAAGCAGCGUGCCUCCCGCAGCCCGCGUGCAGCGAACCUUCAUAAGUGAGUCGGUAUUCAUCGAUUUGAUCAGUUCUGAAUGAGCUGCACUGAUCGAUUACUGUCAGACCAGUGGAGCAGUUCGGAACCGGAACCAGAACCUGCUGCUCCAGAGUCUGAAACGCCCGAAAUGAAUAGCGGAUCAAUACAGCUGAUUGGAUACUGCGACGCUUCUGGUUGGAGGGAAAUCUGAGGAGAAAGUUUCGGAGCCGGUUCUGAACUGGUUCUAGACUGGUCCAGUUUGAAGCCACUGUGAAGAACAAAGUGCAGCUGAUCAACACAGAACCUACAAUGUGUCCCGGUGUUUGGACCCGUCAUCGUCAUUCUGAGCCCUGUUCACCAUCCUUCCACCCCGACCUCCUCACCACUGCCUCACACUAGACAAAACGUUCUCUGAAAACCAGCCGAGCAGAACGCCGUAGAACCGCGUUGGCAUCCACCGGGUUCAGAACGCCGCCGUCCAGUCGACCCUCUGGAGCCAAACUGAUGACGUCAUGUGACGUAGAAGAGACAGAGAGCUUUAACAACAUCACCUCCAUCACCUCCAUCACCUCCAUCACCUCCUCUGUCAUGAAUUCUGCAAGUUCUCCCUCCCCUCAGAAGAAGAGGUCAGAGAGUCUGGAUGAACCUCCUUCUCCAGUCAACAUCAGCACUCCUGAGAGAGUGGAGGAGGAGGAGGAGGAGGAGAAGAAGAAGAAGAAGAAGAAGAAGAAGAAGAAGAAGGACAAGGACAGAAGGAGAGAGGAGGAAGAGGAGGUGAAGUGCCUUGCUCCUCCUGCUGAUGGAGAGAUGAGUUUUAAGAAGAAGAAGAAGAGAAGGACGGCGGGUCGUGGGUCGUGGACCGCAGAAGAAGAGUCCAGGUUGAAGCAGGCAGUCCGGGCUCACCUGGAGACUCUGGCCCAGAGUUCUGCAGAUUCUAGUCUUAGCAGAGACCAGCUGUGUAACAAGCUGCCCUGGAAGGACAUCAGCCAGCAGGUGGAGACCCGGGCCUGGACCCAGUGUCGCCUCAAGUGGUUCUCCAUCUUGAAGUCCAAACUGUCUUCAUCAGGCAGUAAAUUUAACCGAGGAGCUGAUGGACUUGAGGCAAAAAUCCAACUAAUUAAAACUUUGUACCAGAUGAACAUCAGUGAUUCUUCAGACAUUAACUGGGAUGAAGUGGCUGAAAAGCUCAGUAAGGUGACUCCCGUGUGCGUACAGAAGAUGUUCCACAGACUGAAAGUUUCCAGAGUUCCUAACUGGACCCAUUUGUCAUAUGGAGAGAUCAUCGACCACCUGCACCAAAGGUCCGUCCCCGUCCUGGAGGACAGACUGAGCAGGUGCAGUAGGACGGAGCACCAGGAGGACCAAGAACAAGGGGACACAUACCAGCUGUCAGACAUCUUCAACUCAGAGAACGAAGACAGAGAGCUUCCUCCUCCUGCUGAUGGAGAGACAAGUUUUAAGAAGAAGAAGAAGAAGAGAAGGAGAGAGGAGGAGGCGACCAUCUUGUGUCCUGCUGUGUACGAACAGACGAGCAGGAAGGAAAAGGAGGCGGUGGCUCAGGUCGCCAUAGAAACCAGUGACACCAAAAAGAAGACGAAGAAGAAGAAAGGGCAGAACGGUGUGUGUGAGGAGAACAUCGCCACGGCACCAAGCAGCAACAGAGAACCAGACUCCAUUGUCACCACGGUAACCAAAAAGCAGAAAAAACAGAAGGCCAGCGUCACCACGGCAACAACAAGACACCCAAACCAUGGAAGCCCAUGGGUUUCUAUGGAAACCAACAACAACACAGACCUGCAGGUGGACUGGGCUCUGGUGGACGAGCUGCAGGAGUUCAUUCCAGACGUCAAGAAGAAACCAAUCGAUCAGAUCCAGAAACUGCUGCGAUACGACCUGCAGCGCUUCAAGAACUUCAAGCAGCAAGGUGUGUCUCUGCGUCGGGGGCGGUGCUCUGAGCAGGAGAACCAGCAGAUUAUACAAAACGUUGCAGACUUCCUGGCUCUGACAGGCAUCGCCUCGGCAAAUCAGCUUCUGUUUCCUCAGAGGUUCAAAGAGCAGCAGGCGGAGCUUAAGAAGCUCAAAGUACAGCAUCACUUCCUGGAGAGGAUUGCUGAGGGUGUUCCUCGGACGUGUCACCAGGUUUACGUCAGAGCCAAGAAGAUAUUUGAUGACGGGAACCACAUGGGAAGGUUCUCAGAGGAGAACUGA